AUGACUACUAAUAAAACAUUUAGUAUGGUAUUAGCAAUGACUCUCAAUGGAGGCAUAGGGUAUUAGAAUAGAUUGCCUUGGAAAUUAAAGGAAGAUCUUCAGAGAUUCAAGAAAAUCACAACAGGCGGGAUUGUGAUAAUGGGAAGAAAGACAUUCGAAUCGAUGAACUCUAAACCUCUACCAAACAGAGUGAAUGUAGUGAUUUCAAAAAAUAUGAAAUCAUCUAAUGAAGUUCAAGUGUUUCCUAGAAUAGAAGAUGCAUUACAAUUUUACAAUACAUCUCAUCAGAAAUUAUAUUUAAUAGGAGGAAAGAGAAUCUUUGAAGAAGGUUUAGCAACUGAUAAAUGUUCAGAUGUUCAUUUGACUAGAAUAGGAGUAGAAACUAAGUGCGAUGUGUAUUUGAACAAAAAUAUUUUCUCUACAUUUUAAGUGAAUAAGACAAGUUAAACUAAAAGUGAAAAUGGGAUCAAUUAUGAUUAUCAACAUUUAAUUAAUAAGAAUUCUCACGAACAAUCAUAUAUAGAUGAAGAACAUUAAGAAAAUCAAUAUUUAGAUAUGAUAACAAAAAUAAUGAAGGAGGGAGUCUCAAAGGAUGACAGAACUGGAGUAGGUACCAUGUCUAUUUUUGGGUAAACUAUGAGAUUUAAUUUGGCCUAAUCCUUUCCUUUAUUAACAACAAAGAAAGUAUUCUUUCGUGGAGUUGUUGAGGAAUUGCUAUGGUUUUUAAGAGGGAAUACAAAUGGUAAAUUACUUUUGGAUAAGGGAGUUAAGAUAUGGGAAGGAAAUGGCACCCGAGAAUAUUUGGAUACCAUUGGUUUAUAACAUAGAUAGGAACAUGACUUAGGACCAGUCUAUGGAUUUCAAUGGAGACAUUUUGGAGCUAAAUAUAAGGAUUGUUAGACUGAUUAUUCCAAUUAAGGAGUGGAUUAAGUGAAGGAGAUUAUACAAUUACUGAAAAACAAUCCAGAUAGUAGAAGAAUAAUAUUAUCAGCUUGGAAUCCAAUUGAUUUAAAAUAAAUGGCAUUGCCACCAUGUCAUGUGAUGUCAUAAUUCUUUGUGGCAAAUGGCAAAUUGAGUUGCAUGAUGUAUUAGAGAUCAUGUGACUUUGGUUUGGGAAUUCCCUUCAAUAUUGCUAGUUAUGCAUUGCUCACUUACAUGUUGGCAAAGGAAUGCAAUUUGAAUUUGGGAGAAUUUGUUCAUGUUUUAGGAGAUACUCAUAUUUAUAGUAAUCAUGUGGAGGCUUUAAAGAAAUAAAUUGAGAGGGUUCCUUAUCCUUUCCCACUUCUGAAAAUCAAGGGUAAUAAGAGUUUGUUUGAUUACACUUAUGAAGAUUUUGAAUUGGUUGGAUAUAAUGCUCAUGAUAAAAUAGAAAUGAAAAUGGCUGUUUGA